GGCGCCGAAACAUCCGCCCUCCUCUCCUUCACUCCUCCUCCUCACCAUCAUUGUGGUGGAAACGAGCGGCGUGCGGACAUCUCGAACCGGGAUUUCACGGCACGUUGAAACCGAGAGGAAGAAGCAAAUCUUUUACCAGUCAUUCCAGUUGAGGUCAAAGGUCAACUCCCAUCAUGGCGGACGACGCGAACAUGCGCAACGAGCUGUCCGACCUGCAGACUCGCGCCGACGAGAUCGCCGACGAGUCCCUGGAGAGCACUCGUCGUAUGAUCGCUCUGGUGGAGGAGAGUAAAGAUGCCGGCAUCAGGACUCUGGUCAUGUUGGAUGAGCAGGGAGAGCAACUCGAUCGCGUGGAGGAGGGCAUGAACAAGGUCAACGCAGACAUGAAGGAGGCCGAGAAAGAUUUAAAAGAUUUAGGCCAGUGCUGCGGUCUCAUAUGCCCGUGUAUUCAAAAGAUUAAGGGCGGGGGCCAGGCCUGGGGAGCCAACCAGGAUGGAGUAGUGAACAGCCAGCCGGGCGCUCGGGUGAUGGACGAGCGCGAGCAGAUGGCCAUCAGUGGUGGCUUCAUCCGCAGGGUAACAGACGACGCCCGCGAGAACGAGAUGGACGAGAACCUGGAGCAGGUGGGCGGCAUCAUCGGCAACCUGCGUCACAUGGCCCUGGACAUGGGCCAGGAGAUCGACACCCAGAACCGGCAGAUCGACCGGAUCAUGGAGAAGGCGGACUCCAACAAGACCAGGAUCGACGAGGCCAACCAGCGAGCGACAAAGAUGUUGGGCAGUGGCUAAACUCUGUGAAGUGUCCCUCCCCUCACACACUACAGUCCCAGUACAACUACACAACACAACACAACACACCACAAACACAACAUGUGUACCCCCAGAUCCCCCGCGCUUGUUUUGUUGGCCCGCAGGCGCCAUGCUUUUAUUGUGUAGGAGUUUUGCACAUAUCAUCGUCAUCGUGCUUCUUGUUGUCGUCUCUUCACACAUGAUAGUUGUGUACUUUUAGUUGUGUCUUCUCCUCCUGUACAAAGUGAUGUGUCAUAAAGGAUGGACGGUACGUCAAACAAGUGGUGUGUCAUAAAGGAUCAAACAAACAUGUUGUUGUCAUGUCGGACUCUUCCAAUGCAUUACUUUGAAAUUUUAGCUUCAAGUUGACAUUUUUAUUGGCCAUGAAAGACUUUUUUUCCACCUCUUGGUGUUUUUAUCUUCAUUAAUCAUGCGUGUCGUCAAUAGUUGAACAUGCUGUGUACAACAUGUAUGUACAGUACAGUAAAUAUGAAGAGGAAGUACAGUAAAUAUGAAGAGGAAGUACAGUAUGUAUGUACAGGAAGUACAGUAGCUCACACCGCCUCUUUACCCUCUGUCUGCAAUAGUGCCACCUUUUUUUUUGUCUUUCAUGUUCUUGUGAGCCAACACUGCAACAUAUUGAUCUAAUAUCCUGGAAAAUGCCAAUAAAAUCUUCAGAACUGUAGAAACGAGACUUGGUAUUUG